UCCAAUCAGAGCGGGGAGCGGCGGCACCACCCAGGAGGGGGUGAUGGGAUGUGUAGUCCGUCGGAAGGGUGGCCCUGGGCCUGCAGAGGGGAACUACAUCUCCCGGCAGGCAGCGCGGGGCCGCGCCGGGUCGCCUCCCGGCGUUGCGGGGGUGCUGGCGUCCGAAGCUACGCCGAACCCUCCCGGUCCCGCCGGGUUCCCUCCGUCCUGUCACAGGGCGAUGCCAAGGAAGGCUGUGGUGUCAGCCCUGGAAACUCUGCAAGAAAAGAUCCACCGUCUGGAGUUGGAGAAAUCCCAGGCUGAAGAUAAUCUGUGCAGCCUCUCCUUAGCAGCUGCUCAGUAUAAGAAGGCCUUGGAGCAUGAAUCCUACAUAAAGGACACAGCGCAUAAAGAACUUAUGCAGCAGAGGAAAGAUAUAAGUGUGCAGCUAAAUGCAGCACAAUCCCGCUGCUCCCUGCUGGAGAAACAGCUGGAUUACAUGAAGAAAAUGGUUUCCCGUGCAGAACUGGAAAAGAAAAUUAUUUUAGAACAACAGGCUCAGCUUCAGAAAGAGGAAGAUCAGAACCGGUUGGAACUGCAUGCAAAACUUGAAAAGCUUGAAUUGUUAGAAAAAGAAUGUCUUAAACUUACUGCUACUCAGAAAAUUGCAGAAGCCAAGAUCAAACACUUAGAAGAAAAGCUUUGUAAAGAAGAGCAUCAGCGUAAGCUAAUACAAGGCAAAACUACUCAGCUUCAAGCAGGAUUUGAGAUAAACAGAAUUUUGAUGUCUUCAGUAAUGUCUCAAAAUGAACCUAAAAAAGAAAACAGGAAGAAAAAAACUAAGAAGAAAAAUCCUACAAUGAAAAUGCACCUUCCACAGUUACAUGUAAAAGCUGGUGAACUACCUUUUGUGGCUGGGAAGUCUGUCAGCUCCAGCCACUCUGUUAGUGCCAACGUACAGAGUGUGUUGCAUAUUAUGAAGCAUCGCCAUCCACGUAUCUCAUCACAAAGCCCAGGAGGAGCAACAUCUGGGACUUUGGGACGUUGUACACUUUCAAAAUCUAUAUCUUCUUGUCCCACAUCACCUACUCCUACCAAAAGUCUUUCGGACCUUCUGUUGGCCAUAGAAGAUGAGCUGGGCCAAAUGAGCUUGGAGUAUCAAGAACUUCGGAAAAAGAUAGAGGAGACUCAAGACUCCAGAGUUCGUGAAGACCUAGAACAGGAGCUGGAUUGCCUUGUAAAAGAAAUGGAGUUUAAAGGAGAACAGAUAUCCAUACUGAAAAAGCAUCAAGCAACUGUGCAGAAAUUAAAGAGAAGGACUCAGAAACUGAAGCAAGGGGCAGGUCAUGUCAAACUAAAGAGUGGUGACCAAAAGGAUCCAAAGGAGAGUAUAGUCACUGCAAGGGAACAUGUGUAUAAAUCUUGUCCUGGGCAGAGAAGCAGAAGCUCUCUUCAGCUGCUAAAAAAUGUGCAGAAACUUCAGUCAGCUUUGAAAAGCAAUGAUAUCAUGUGGGAGUAAUAGUUCUGAAGUUUACUGUGUUAAAGGCUUCUGAAGUUGUCUGACAGCCAGUAAAUUUUGUGUUUCGCAAAAUGCCUCUUCAAAUAAAAUAGAUUAAAAAAAAUGGAUACAUCACUCAUAUGGAUAUAUAUUCUAAACUGCCUAUUUGCUAGUAGGUCAGUUUCUUCUCUACAUCAUUAACUUUCACCUGGGGUAGCUAUAAUUCAACUACACUGACUUGUAAGAAAGUGUUUUAAUGAAUUAAUGCUAUGCUUGUUGCCUCACCAAAUAAAAUUUU